AUGGCCCUGUGGACGCGCCUCCUGCCCCUGCUGGCCCUGCUGGCCCUCUGGUCGCCCAGCCCUGCCCGGGCCUUUGUCAACCAGCACCUAUGUGGCUCCCACCUGGUGGAGGCGCUGUACCUGGUGUGCGGAGAGCGCGGUUUCUUCUACACACCCAAGGCCCGCCGGGAGGCCGAGGACCCCCAGGCCUCAGCCUCGUCCCCCUCCUCCUCCACAUCAACCCGGCUGGAGGGUCUGGGCACCACAGCCAGGGCACCCCCUGCUUUGGCAACAACUGUUAAUAUUGGCCCCACCAGCAGAUCAUUGGCCCGGCAGUUUCGACAGACAGCCUUGGGCACCAGUGACUCCCUCUUUGUCCACCGCCCGGGAGCUUCAGGGACUGCACAGCGACCAGAGGACAGGGGCCCAAGAGUCACUGCUGAGCUCGUGGAGAAAGAGGUGGUGGACUCCAGCCCCCAGACCCAGGGCCUGGCAUCUCAUCCAGCUCAGCCCCCUGCCCAGCCAGACCUCCAGCGCGAGCCACAGCAGGCCAGAGCUGCCCCAGAGCCCAGCCCCGAGCAGAUACCAAUGGGGAUCCCGGUGGGGAAGUCGCUGCUGAUGCUGUUCACUUUCUUGGCUUUUGCCUCGUGCUGCAUUGCUGCUUACCGCCCCAGUGAGACUCUGUGUGGCGGGGAGCUGGUGGAUACCCUCCAGUUUGUCUGUGGGGACCGCGGCUUUUACUUCAGCAGGCCCGCAAGCCGCAUCAACCGCCGCAGCCGUGGCAUCGUGGAAGAGUGCUGUUUCCGCAGCUGCGACCUGGCCCUCCUGGAGACCUACUGUGCCACCCCCGCCAAGUCCGAGAGGGACGUGUCGACCCCUCCGACCGUGCUUCCGGACGACUCCCCCAGAUACCCCGUGGUCAAGCUCUUCCAGUACAACGCCUGGAAGCAAUCCACCCAGCGCCUGCGCAGGGGCCUGCCUGCCCUCCUGCGUACCCGCCGGGGUCGCAUGCUCGUCAAGGAGCUCGAAGCGUUCAGGGAGGCCCAACGUCACCGUCCCCUGAUCGCCCUGCCCACCGAGGACCCCACUCCCCACGGGGCCGCCUUUGUCGAGGUGUCCAGCGAUCUGCAGUGAGCCAAAUUGUCGUAUUUCUGCAAAAUGGCACUUUCCACCUUGUGCCCUCCUCUUGACCAGGGCCCCUUCCACCGGGUCCACCUCUGAAAUCUCUCUGUACCGUCCCCCAGGGUGGGCCUCCCCCCCCAGCCCCCUUGCCCCAACCUCCUCAUGUCAGGCACUUCGGCCCCGUCCAUCGGGCUGAAGGAAUCAUAGUAACAUCAUCAAAAAAAAAAAAAAAAAAAAAAUAC